GCUGAAGGAUGGGGUGGAGCUGACCCGGGAGGAGACCUUCAAGUACCGCUUCAAGAAGGACGGGAGGAAGCACUUCCUCAUCAUCAACGAGGCCACCCUGGAGGACUCAGGGCGCUACAAGAUCAUGACCAACGGCGGCGAGAGCGAGGCUGACGUCAGCGUGGAAGAGAAGCAGCUGGAGGUGCUGCAGGACAUCGCCGACCUGACGGUGCAGGCCUCGGACCAGGCAGUGUUCAAGUGCGAGGUCUCGGACGAGAAGGUCACAGGGAGGUGGUUCAAGAACGGGGUGGAGGUGAAGCCCUCCAAGAGGAUCCACAUCACCCACAUGGGCAGGAUCCACAAGCUGGUGAUCGAUGAUGUGAGGCCUGAGGACGAAGGGGACUACACCUUCGUGCCCGAUGGCUAUGCCCUGUCCCUCUCUGCCAAGCUCAACUUCCUGGAGAUCAAGGUCGAGUAUGUGCCAAAGCAAGAGCCGCCCAAGAUCCACCUGGAGUGCUCGGGGGCGGCGGCAGAGCAGGUGGUGGUGGUGGUGGCCGGGAACAAACUGCGCCUGGAUGUGCCCAUCAGCGGCGAGCCCGCGCCCAGCGUCAGCUGGCACAAGGACCAGCAGGAGCUGAGUGCCACCGAGGGCAGGGUGCGGCUGGAGCAGCGCCAGGACCUGAGCAGCUUUGUCAUCGAGAGCGCCGAGCGCGGGGACGAAGGCAGCUACCGGAUCCGAGUGACAAACCCCGCGGGGGAGGACACUGCCAGCAUCCGCCUCAGGGUCGUGGACGUCCCUGACCCCCCCGAGGCCGUGCGGGUGACGUCGGUGGGCGAGGACUGGGCUGUGGUGGAGUGGCAGCCGCCAGCCUACGACGGGGGACAGCCUGUGAUAGGGUACCUGCUGGAGCGCAAGAAGCAGGGCUCGGGGCGCUGGAUGAAGCUGAACUUCGAGGCGCUGGCGGCGCUGCGCUUCGAGGCUCGCAGGAUGAUCGAGGGAGUCCUCUACGAGCUCAGAGUCUUCGCCCAAAAUGCCAUCGGCGUCUCCCAGCCCAGCCUCAACUCCCAGCCCUUCAUGCCCAUCGCCCCCACGAGCGAGCCCACGCACCUGGUGCUGGAUGACGUCACCGACACCACGGCCACGCUCAAGUGGCGCCCCCCCGAGCGCGUGGGGGCUGGGGGCAUCGACGGCUACCUGGUGGAGUACUGCAAGGAGGGAGAGGACACCUGGACCCCCGCCCACGAGGGGCUGGUGGAGCGCUGCGGCGUGACCGUGCGUGGGCUGCCCACGGGCGAGAGGCUCCUGUUCAGGGUGCGGGCAGUGAACAUCGCCGGCAAGAGCCCCCCCGCGGCGCUGCCGCAGCCUGUGACCAUCCGAGAGAUCGUGGAGCGCCCCCGGAUCCGCCUGCCCAGGCAGCUGCGGCAGAGCUACGUGCGGAGGGUGGGGGAGCAGGUGAACCUCGUGAUCCCCUUCCAGGGCAAGCCCCGCCCGGUGGUGACCUGGAGCAAGGAGGGCUCGGAGCAGCUGGGCCCAGAUGUGCAGUUCAGGAACUCGGCCUCGGACUCAGUGUUCUUCAUCCGCGCGGCCGCCAGGGCCCACUCCGGAACCUUCCGCAUGAGGCUGCAGGUGGAGAACCUCAGCGACGAGGCCGAGCUCAAGCUGCGAGUCGUGGAGCGGCCUGGGCCGCCGCGGGCGGUGCAGGUGAAGGAGGUUUGGGGCUUCAAUGCGCUGCUGGAGUGGGAGCCGCCCGCGGACGACGGCAACGCCGAGGUGACAGGGUACAGCGUGGAGAAGGCUGACACCAGGAGCAUGGAGUGGUUCCGGGUGCUGGAGCACACCAGGCUGCCUCGCUGCACAGUCUCUGAGCUGGUGCUGGGCAAUGAGUAUCUGUUCAGGGUCUUCAGCCACAACAUGGUGGGGGCCAGCGAGACCCCAGGGCUCUCCUCCAACACUGCCAAGAUCCCCCGGGCAG